UCAAAAAAGGUCAAGAUGGCCGACCAAGAAAUGAGAGCGGUGAUUAGAAAUUAUUUUUUAAACGGUUCAACUAUAGCGAAAUGUAAAGAGGAAAUGGACAAACAUUAUGGUGGUCGAUCACCUAGUGCUAGUAGUAUAAAAUGGUGGUUUCAACAAUUCAAACUUGGACGGACCGACUUGAGUGAUAGGCCGAAACCCGGAGCCGCUCAACAAAUUGAUAUUCCGUCUUUGGGACACUCUGUAUUGAAGGCCAUCAAAGGUGAUAGAAAAACUUCCUUGCGUGAAUUAUCAGGACAGUUUAAGGUUGGAUAUAGUACCAUUCAUAAGGUUGUUAAGGACCAUUUAGGCCUAAAAAAGCUAACUACCGUUGCCGUUCCUCAUAAUUUAUCCGAUGCAAAUAAGGAAGAAAGGGUUAAGUGUUCAACGGAGAUGUUGCGUAAGUAUAACGCUAAGCCAGGACCAUUUAUGAAGUAUCUUUUCACAAUGGAUGAAACUUGGAUACCUCUCUAUGACCCUUUGUCUCGAACUGAGUCAAUGGAAUGGGUCAGUGACCGGUCAGAGGUCAGUCAAAGGCCAACAUCGAGCCAGAGAGACAAAAAGGCAAUGGCCUGUGUUUAUUGGGAUGGCCAAGGCAUCAUAAAGAUUUUUUGGCUUAAUGAUGGAGAAACAGUCAACGGCGAUGUUUAUCGAUCACAACUCGUCGAAAUUGACCCACUGGUUCGUGCCCGUCAUCGUUCAAAUAAGCGAACUCCAUUGUUCCUUCAAGACAAUGCAAGACCUCACAAGGCGGCGCUUACUAUGGACAAAAUAAAGGAAUUGGGUUGGACUACGUUGACGCAUCCUCCGUAUUCUCCAGACUUAGCCCCAAGCGACUACUUUUUAUUCUCAAACUUGAAAAGAUUUACCCGAGGCCAAAAAUUUUCGACCAAUGCAAAAACGAACCUUAAUUGGUUAGCACCUGAACUACUGGAACAAAAUCUUCUUGGUUAUACAUCAACUUCGGACAUUUACUCUCUUGGUAUAACUUGUUGUGAACUCGCCAAUGGUUGUGUCCCUUUCUCUGAUCUUCAGCCAACGGAAAUGCUGUUGGACAAAUUAACGGGAAAUUUUCCCAGACCCAUUGAUUCAAAUUGUGGAGAACUAUCAGAAUUACCUACUAAUGAUUUAAAUGAGGAAGAACGGCUUAGAUACGAAGCUUAUCGAAAUCGACGAUUCAGUUCUCAUUUUCAUACAUUCACUGUUGAUCUUUGUCUCCAUCAUGAUCCAUACAAAAGACCGUCUGCUGCACAAUUACUUAACCAUAAAUUCAUCAAACAAUUAAAGAAACUGGAUAGUGGUACAAACUUGCUGACAAUAUUAAAUCGGGAUAGUUGAUGACUUUCUGUUUCUCUCUCUUACUCUAAUUGUUUAUCAUUUUGUAACAAAAAUAUAUCAAACCGUUGGUUCUAUGUUUAUAUUCAAUUAACAACAAUUAAGGUUACCUUCAAAGUUAGUUAAUCAAUUUCAUGCGAUUUUCAAUGACAAUUUGUAAACAGAAUCACAACAAAAAAAACUGGAUAAUUUAUCAAAUUGUAAAUGUAACAAUUAUCCUGAUCAUCUGCCUGAGAAUUACAAAUUGUGAACAAAUUUGAGAAACUAAAUCAAUCAAUAGUUUAACUCAUUCAACAAGUAAUAGCAAGUGUCUUAAUUAACUACAAUUUUCGCCAUUGAUUAAACUGUUACAAUUUCCAAAUUUACUAAAAAA